AUGAGCGCACCUGAUUUUUACUCAGAAGAAAUUGUGCCGGCUGAAGAGCCUGAAAUUCUAGAAACCUCAAAUCCAGUAUGCUUCGAUGAAUCCUUGUCGUCGUCUGAAUUGAUUCACCCAUGCGUGUCGUCAGGUAUUACGCCUUAUACGCCUAAUCAAGAAGAUUUGUCAGAACUUGAAAGUCGGUUACGGUUCAGACAGUUAGAGCAAUCCGACGGAUGUACGCCAAACACCCUUAUUGACUCCGAAUUACUUGUUGAUGAAUUCUUGAACAAGUUACGCGAACGUGUUAUCUUGUCAAAAUCAGAAAGUGAAUUACAAGAGUGGACUUCAAUCACUGAAACUCUGAAAGAAAAGAGUCGAUUGCUUCGCAAUUCAUAUGCGACAAGGCAUAAUAAGGUGAACCAUGAUGAGCUUGAACUAAAUUUAAAUGCCGAUUCAGAGACCGUUUCAAAAAUUCUUUUAUUAUUGGAAAAAGUGGAAAUGCUGGAAAACUUGACAGGAACUGAAUGCAGGCCCAUUGAAAGUGGUAGUGUUCAGUUGCAACUUAAUGCUCUGACUCAGAAAAUUGAGUUUCUGAUGGCGUGCAUGUCCCAGCAGAGCAAGAAUUUGCCUACCAAAUUAGCCAGUGCUGAUAGCUUGCUCUCGAAUGAGAAAGAGAGUUCUCUGCUUCAGAAGAUCGAAUACCUGUAUGAUAGACUUGGAAAACAAACUUUCUGA